AUUUAUUUAUUUAUUUAUUUAUAAUAUAGCUUUGGGUUUGACAUGUUGGCUUUGUGUCCACUGCAGUUAUAGUUAUGGACGUUGGAUUCUUGGUAGGAGCAAAGUGACUGGUUUCAUUACUGCCGCUAAAUAAUGAAUUUCUAUUUAAGCCUUAUGUGCUUUACGGUACCGGUGAUAGCAUUCAACAUGAACGCCGACAGAGGGUUGUAAUAUAUUACUGUAAUUGUAUAGCUUUGUGUUAACGCAUGUCUUCCGGAUAAACUCACAAAUACAGUUUCACUUAUCAAGGACAGAAGUAGUUUUUAUGGCAAAACGACUGUAUGUAAAGUGCAAUCUGAUGUAAUUACUCGUUUCAUUAAUUUAAAUCUUCAAUUCAGAUGACUACAAGUAGGUGAAAAGGUCAAACACGAUAGUUGUAAUAGGAAAGAAAUAUAUAGUUUUUUUUACUCUUUCUGCAAAAUGUUCUCGAUUUAAAUAUAAAAUCUGCUAUUCUCUAGUAGACGCGCAUAGUAAGGUUGAUGCCGUUGGGAUUUUAAGCUAUUUUUGUCUAAUUGUUAAUAGAUUUAUUUUUGCACGCCCCGCAACGAAUAAUACUGAAGAUGACUAUAAUUAAGUUAACCACUCAGGCAUAUUGUAAAAUGUUAUUGCACGCUGCUAAGUAUCCCCACUGCGCGGUGAAUGGUCUGUUGGUUGCCGAAAAUAAGAAGCGAAAAGACGGCCAGUCGGUUGUGUGUGUGGACUGUGUGCCUUUGUUCCAUGGUACUCUCGCGCUGGCACCAAUGAUGGAAAUUGCUUUGACUCUGCUUGACACCUGGUGUAAGGAAAAUAAGUAUGUGAUAGCUGGGUAUUACCAGGCCAAUGAACGAAUCAAGGAAAUCAGACCCAAUCAAUUUGCAGAAAAAGUAGCAGCAAGGAUUGCAGAAAACUUCAGUGAGGCAGCACUAAUUAUGGUGGAUAACAGUAACAUUUCCAUGAAUUGUUAUGACCCUGCAAUUUCUGUCUUCGAGCAUCAUGACAACAAAUGGAAAUGCAGAGAUGCUAGCAUUGACUGCUGUGAGGACUGGUAUGAAGCCCAGAAGAUAGUGUCUGCACUCCUGGAAGGCAGGUCUUACGACAACCUGAUUGACUUCGAUAAUCACCUGGACGACCUGCGGAAUGACUGGACAAAUCCUGAGAUCAACAAAUCCAUCCUGCACUUGUGUUGAGCACUUCUUCACUAGACUAGUACUUGCCCCCCCCCCCCCCCCCCCCCAGUACAGCAUGAAGUUGUACGUUGCAGAGAUAAUGUGAAUUUACCAGGUACCUUUGCAAACCAUAUAAUGUGAGCUAUUUUGCAUAAAGCUUCCAUAUUCAGGCGUUCAAAAUACUAUUAGUAAUGUCACUGAUCUGUUGCUGGCCAGGGAUUCGUGAUAAUGUACUUUUACUUUACUUUUUACUUGCCGUGUAUAUUUUCAGAGUAUUAUUUCUUGUUUAAUAUGUCUGUGUGUUACAUAUCAUUAUCUAUUGUACCUGCUAUGAACAUUAUUUACCAUGCUUACUAUGAAUUCAUGUAUGGAGUUUUAGAUAAUUAGUACUAAUUGCAUGCAGCUGUAAUUUUUUUCCUUCGCUUGAACUGGGAUUUUGUAUAGAGAUUUUCUAUUUACUAACAGUGCAGAGGGGACAGACUUUACAGUCGCACACCCCAAAUGAUUAUUCCUCUUCAGAUAUUCAGCUUUCAGAAAUGGUUGAAAGGGGAUGUUUUUUUUUUUUUUGCCGGAAUAGAUUGUAAGCGUGGUAAACAAUGAGCAGAGCUGAGAUCAUAAAUUAUAAUGGAGGUCACAUAAAUCAAAUAUACUGAAAAUGUAGAUGGCAUUAAAAAUCCCUUUUAAGAUAAAACUAUAAGAAAUACACUACAAUUCUGUUCUGUUGGGUAUAGUCGUUUUAACUGGGAGAAUGCCAGUGGAAAUUCUGGAGCACUAAGUCAUGAAAAUUUUCAUUGAAAUUGGACAUUAAAUCAUACAUUUCACAGCAGUCUGCAUACACUUGACAUGCAUGCUAGUGAAUACUGUUUAAUGAAUGAAAAGUUCAGGUUAGGAAUAAUUAAGUUUUCUGUCCCAUGUUUCAGAAAAUCCUUAUUAUUUCUUGCCUGGAUCUUCUUGUCUUUUUUCAGAUUGCUUACUAAAAUGAUCCACCCAUUUGAGUAAUCAAGCUAAUUUUAGAUCUGCCAUAAAGUGGUUAAAGUAAAGUGUUUUUCCUCCUUGGUAGCCUGUGUCUCGUCCACUUGCUUGAGGAUCAAUUCACAAAGCCGUUUACUCCGAAGUACCAUUACUACUGUUGUUCGUUUUUUUUUUUUUUUUUUUUUUUUUUCAGUCAUCACAUCCAGGACCUCGUGUGUGUCACUGGCUCCAUUUACUUUCGUUUAGUAUUUCUUAACAUGUGGCACACCAGGAUUCAUCCAUUAGUAAUGACAGCAUUAGAUUAAAAUGUUCUAAUAUAAUUACAUUGUUGCUUAUUGUAAACAUACUGGUAAGAAGUGUUUUGUUUGCAUUAAGAAAGUUGAUGAGCAUCACAAAAAAAAAAAAAAAAAAAAAAAAAAAAAAAUUGUUUUUUUUUAAAUUAUUAUUAUUAUGCUGGGCGAGUAUUCUAGUCAUCGUUUUCUCUAUAACCCAAGUAUUGGAUUUAAUUAAUUCAAACCCAUGGCACAUACCUUUUGAAACGUAAAAAACUAUUUUAAAAUAAUGUCUACCUUAUUGCCUAUCUUAAAUCUUGAUUUCGGCUGAACAAUUCAUUUGUAUUGUGCUGUGUGGUUAGUUCUAGAAUAGCACGGCACAAUAGGAAAAAGCUGCCACAGAUUAAUUUUUUAUGAACCGCUAAGGUUAGGGUUAAUGAGUAUGUUCGGCUGUGAUAUGAUUAUCAUUGCGAUGAGUGCAUUUCAGAAUGAUUGUGUGUCAUGUGCUGCGUUUUCCUUUUAUAUAUUAAAUGAAAGGCUGAUUUGACUAAAACAAAAUGUAACCUUGUUAUGCAAUAAAGUUUAUGAAGAUUA